AUGGUUGUGUUUGAAAUUUUGACAGGAUUAGAAGAAAAUGAUCAGGUGUUUAUUUCUUUUCUCCUUGUUGAUCCUCUCAACUUCAGCCCAGAAAACUUCCUCACAAACAUGGCAGACUUUAAAUGUGCUUCUCUUCAUGUUUGGAAUGUCUACUUGCCUGCAGGUGAUGAGCCUGUUGUUAUAGCCCGUGGCGGAUUCUCGGGACUUUUCCCUGAAUCUAGCCAAUUUGCACAUCAAAUUGCGCUUUCCACCAGCCUGUCCAAUGUAAUUUUGUACUGCAACCUGCAACUGACAAAGGAUAGCGUUGGCAUAUGCCAGACAGAUAUAAGACUUGAUAAUUCAACAAAUAUAGCAGCUGUCUUUCCAAAAUCCCAAAAAACCUACACAAUUAAUGGAGAAAAUGUUCAGGGUUGGUUCGCUUUGGAUUAUACAUCUGAUCAGCUCUUUAACAAUGUAACAUUGACUCAAAGCAUAUACUCCCGGCCAAGUUUGUUUGAUGGCACGCUGCCAUUAUCUACUGUUGAUGAUGCAAUUGGGAUCAAACCCCCUGGCUUUUGGUUGAAUGUUCAGUAUGAUGCAUUCUAUGCUGCAAACAAACUCAGUGUAUCAUCAUACAUUCAAAAGACUACAAGAUUUAUGGGCAUAAGUUACAUUUCAUCUCCUGAGAUAGGUUUCUUGAAGAACAUGAAUAAAAUCAUAAACAAGGCCAAGACCAAACUCAUCUUCCGGUUCCUAGAUGCAGACGCAGUCGAACCCACAACCAAACAACCAUAUAGUUCAAUAUUAAAGGAUCUUUCCUCAAUCAAGUCAAUUGCAUCGGGAAUUCUUGUCCCUAAAGAAUAUAUAUGGCCUCUUAGUAAGGACCAGUAUCUGCUAACUCCCUCUAGUGUUGUAGCCGAUGCUCAUAAACAAGGCCUAGAAGUAUAUGCUUCUGGAUUCGCAAAUGAUAUGCCUGGAAGUUACAACUAUAGUUAUGACCCAACAGCUGAGUACCUGCAGUUUGUCGAUAAUUCAGAUUUUUCUGUUGAUGGAGUGCUCACAGAUUUCCCUCCCACAGCAUCAGAAGCCAUUGCAUGCUUAGCACACAACAAGAAUGCUACCAGGCCUAGCAAAGGGAAAAUUUUGGUCAUAUCUCACAAUGGAGCAAGUGGGGUUUACCCUGGCAGUACUGAUCUUGCAUACCAGCAAGCAGUAGAUGAUGGGGCUGAUAUAAUAGAUUGCUCAGUCCAAAUGUCAAAAGAUGGAGUUGCCUUCUGCUUAAAUUCAGCUGACCUCUUGGGGAGUUCUAAUGCCAUGACUUCUUUCAUGUCUCGAUCUACCAUGGUCUCUGAAAUUCAACCGAAGAGUGGAAUUUUUUCGUUUGAUCUCACAUGGAGCGAGAUUCAAACACUGACGCCUCAACUAACAAGUCCACUCCCAAAUAGUGGCUUGGCAAGAAACCCAGCAAACAAGAACCAGGGGAAAUUCAUAACUCUCUCUGAUUUCCUGGACUUUGCUAAGGCCAAGGCAGUUUCUGGAAUUUUGAUCGACAUAGAGAAUGCUGCCUACCUAGCAUCGAAGAAGGGUCUUAGCAUAAUAGAUGCUGUGACAGCUGCCUUGAGCAAUGCCACCUUUGACAAACAAGCAACCCAACAAGUCAUGAUACAAUCCGACGACACUUCAGUGCUGUCCAAGUUCAAGAAUGUCCCAGGUUACAAGCGAGUUCUAUCCAUCAAGGAAAUUAUAGGUGAUGUACCCAAGCAGACAGUGGAGGAGAUAAAAAAAUUUGCUGAUGCAGUCAACCUCCCAAGAUCGUCCAUUGUCACAACUAAUGGUGGCUUCACUACAACUUUUACCACUGUUGUUGAUGAACUCCAUGCUGCAAAUAUCUCAGCAUAUGUCUCAGUUCUCAGGAAUGAAUACGUCGCCAUCGCAUUCGAUUUCUUCUCAGACCCGGUUGUGGAGCUUGCUACUUACGUUGGUCGCCUUGGAAUUGAUGGGGUUGUGACUGACUAUCCAAAAACUGCAGACGCAUAUCUCAGAAGCCCCUGCUCGGAUUUGAAUGCGAAAGUGGCAUAUUCCAUAUUGCCAGCAGAGGCGGGUGCAUUACUUGGGUUGGCAGAGCCGGAAGUGUUGCCGCCAGCAGAAGCCCCGGGGCCACCGCUCACAGUCGACGACGUUGUAGACCCACCACUGCCACAAGUAUCAUCAUCAAAUGGCUCAACAGCCGAUCCGGCUGCUGGACCUGUUAAAGCCCCUCCACGUUCAAGUGGUCGGGCAAAUGCUGCCAAUAUGGGUCUCCAUCUAUUGGGAAUUCUGCUGAUUAGCUUACUUUCUGCGGGAUAUUAAAUUUUAUUGACCUUCCCAUGGACUUUUAUCUACAUUCUUUUCCUAUUGAAGUGGAAAAUGUAAAUUUUAUU